CUUCAAAUGAACAACCCCCAACAGAAGCUCUACGUUGAAGAGCUAAAUGAGAAGAGUUCAUCCCAUAAAUCUCGAAUCAAGACAGUCAGGAAUAAGGUAGGGUAUAGCGCCAAGUACUUCCAUCACAGUCAGAGUCCAAUCGAUCUGAAACGUCACAAAAGCAAGCUUCUGAUGAAUGAGAAGCUGAAAUAAAGCUGUAAUGAGGUCCAGAAGGAGACGACAGUUGAUCUAUGGGUCUAUGGCGUCAAACGAUACCUCUACCAGUAAGGCUCCUAAUAAUAAAUCACUAAACAUCUACCUGCAAUCGAAGCUGAAGGCUGAAGAUUACCUCUCUAACAUUCAAAGGUUGAGUAGCAACCCUCGAAAUCCUCUAAACUUAAUUACUCCAAAAGAAAGAAGAGGGUUAAUAAACAUCGGCUCUGAAGAAUCUUUUGAAAAUAUGCAUAACUCUCCGAAGAAGGAGGCCAAGAUGCCCAUCACCAUCACGAAGAGUACCACUCGGGAUACAAAAAACUCUACCAUAAUCGGUAUGAAAUAAGUUACUUGAUGACUCCAAGGUGCUUAUUCAUGAACUUGAGGAACACAAGGAGAGACACCAAAACUACACUCGGACCGAGCCCAAUCUUGAGAGCGAGAUCAGACAAAGUAUGCUGAAGCUGAAGGAGAAUAACAGAAAUCUCCAAAAUUUGUUCAAGACAUCUAACAAGAAGAAGUUAUACAAGAAAAGUCUUAACAUGGACCUAUUUCCCCAGGAACUAGUCCAGAAUGGAGAGUAUGACCAUUUUGUGAGAAAGGUUUAUCCUGAGAUUCUUAGGAGGGAAAAUAUCAAUCCUUACCAAGUAAGUCAGCUAAAGCUGAACCAAAGGACGAAGAAACACCUUAGCCGCUUGAAAAGGUGGCUCCAGCAAGUAGACUUUAUGAGGCAUUACCCUGACUUGAUACUUCAGAAGGUCUGUGAUUGUAUCCAGCCAGUGGCAUACAAGAAGGGUGAAGUCAUUAUUAAGAAGGGAGAUAUAUCUACCUUCAUGACUAUAAUUUAUAAGGGAGAGAUUGGAAUAUAUAUUAGCUUAGACCUAGCCCAACUCCAAGAGAACCCAACUAAUUACAUCACAGAAUACCCUCCAGUUGCUAUCAAGGGUAAAUAGAGAUGUUAUUGGCGAGCAAGGACUUCUACGUGGUGAAAAAUAGGGGCGCUAAUUGUGUUGCCUUUACUGACAUCCAAGCAUUCAAUAUCAGUUUCCAGAACUAUAAAGAUAUCAUCAAGGGAUUUCAUAGAGUAAAAUUGCAAAAAUAAUAUCCAAUAUCUCAGCGAAAUUAGUUAUUUCAGAUACUUAAGCUACGAGAAAAUCGAAAAAUUAGCAAAAAGUUUUAAUACAAUUCACCUCAAAACUGGCGAAGCGGUUGUCAGAGAGGGUAAAGAAAUAUCCCAGAUGUUCAUCCUUAAGGAAGGCAACCUGGAUGUCCAGAAAGUUAUUAAAAUAGAAGACUCUAACUCAUGGCCUACUCAGAGUAAUAAGAGGCAGUGAGUCACUAAGAGCAAGUAUUUCAAGAACAGUGUUUUCCAAAUUCAUCCAUUGGAAUUUUUUGGUCUGAAUGAAUCUUUAUCCGAUAUUCCUAUAAAAUCUACGCUCACAUCUCACAGUGAUGGAACAACUGUGCUAUGCAUCCAAAUUUCAGACAUACAGAAGAUCCUUGAUAAAGAAGAGCUUCUUGCACUUCAGUCCAGUGAUUUAAAUGUGAAGAUACCUGACCAGAGCAAGUUGGUCAGGAACUUCAUUACUAAUUACAGAGCUGAGAGGAAGUACUCAAAAGCAAUUAAAAAUAUUACUGAAACUACUACUUUGCAGUAUAGUCGGAGGCAUAUGCUUCAGCAGACUCCUUCACCGCUGCCUCCUAAAAAGAGAAGAAAUCUUGCAAAAUUUUGUAAAGGGGACUCUAAGUAAUAGUAGAGAUAACUAUUUUAUGCA